AUGGUCACAGAUACAAGGAGGAGAACGGCCGUGCCGGUGACGGCGAUGACACUGGCAUGUGCAGGGGCGGCAGCGGCGACCUUUGUGGCCCCCAGCUGCAGACAGUUCUCCUCUGCACGAGCAGCCCCUGUAAACGCGGAGGGCGCACAUUUUCAAUUGGCUUCUUCAGAAGCUGGUACCUCGAUGACGCAGGUCUCGAGCAUUGCCACAGGGCUCACCAUUGCAGCUGCAGUGCUGGCAAAGCGGCAGCGCAGGUCACUUCGCACAUCGGCGUGUGCCGAUCCGAAGCCGCGAUCCAAGCUGAUGCAGGAAGUUGACAAGGUCGGAAUAAAGAAGAAGGACAUCCCGGAGGCAGAGCAGAAGAAGGAAGAGAACAACAAAGCGGACAAGGAGGCCAAGCCUGAGAACGCAGACAACAAAAAGGAGAAGGAGGAUGCAAAAGAAAAGAAGGAGGAGAAGGAGGACAAGAAGCCGGAGGACAAACCGAAAGAGUCUGACAAAAAAGAUGAAAGCCAGGAGGGUAAGAAGGACGAUGCCAAGGAGAAGGGCGAGGCUGUGAAGAAGGAAGACAAGACAGAAGAGAAGAAGGAAGAAAAGAAGGAAGACAAGAAGGAAGACAAAAAAGACGAGAAGAAGGAGGACAAGAAGGAGGAGAAGCAGGAGGAGAAGAAGGAGGAGAAGAAGGACGAGAAGAAGGAGGAGAAGAAGGAGGAGAAGAAGGAGGAGAAGAAGGACGAGAAGAAGGACGAGAAGAACGAUGAUAAGAAGGAGGAUAAGAAGGAUGAGAAGAAGGACGAGAAGAAGGAUGCUGCCGCUGACAAGCCGAAAGAAGAAGCCAAGGCUGAGAAGGACACCGACCAGAAACCGGAGAAGAAGGAAGAAAAGAAGGAAGACAAGAAGGAGGAGAAGAAAGAUGAAGCCGAGAAGAAGGUGGAGAAAGAUGAGAAGAAGGAGACAUCAGAGUCCAAGAAAGAGACGUCCGAGGCUAAAGGUGAUGACAAGAAGGAAGAGAAGCCAAAAGAAGCCAAGCCCGAGGCGCCGCCGAGCCCACCACCGAGCCCACCACCGGGCCCUGUCGCAGAUGCAUCCGGUCAGCGCUUAAGCUCGCAUGUUGCCUCCAUUGCCAGCCAGGAUGGCGGCGAGGCGGCCCUGAAAGGAAUCCGAGAGUUCUUCGGCAGCCGCGAGGCUGAGCUGGAGAAAGCGCUGGAGGCGCAGAAGAAGAGGCAAGAGAAGAUGAUUGCCGAGAUGGAACGCCAAACAGAGGAGAUCCAGAAUAAGAUGGAGGCUCAACUUGCAGAAGAAGUUCGGGUCGGCACCGAGCUUCGGGAACGAAUCGAGGCUUUGCAGGAGACGUACACAAGCGUGAGUGACCAGCUGGAGAUGUCACAGAUUUCCAACGAGAAGCUGCAGGUGGAUCGGGAUGAGCUGCGGCAGGACGUUCAGAAGUUGGAGGAGAUGCUGAAGGAAGAGCAAGAGAGAAAUGAAAAGCAGAAGAAGGACGCAGAAGAAGAAGCGAAAAAGAAAGAGGAACAGCUGGCGAAGCUUGAAGAGAAGAAGAAGGAGCUUACCAUCACCGUGAGGGAGCUUGACAAGCAGAUGCAGGCGGAGCGUGAGUCAGCUACAAAGAAGGAAGAGAAGAUCCGCACCGAGCUGACAGAUACACGCGAGGCGCUGACAUCCUCGAGGAAUGAGACCAGCCAAGUUGUCAGCGAGCUGAAGACCGCCCGAAAAGAGAACGCGGCCCUGAACGAGAAGGUACGCAGCGUGGAGGACAGCCUGAAGGCUUCCAAGGAGCAGCAGGAGUUGCUGAAUGCCAAGCUCAAGGAAGUCAUGGCUGAAGGCGAUGCGCUGAAGAAAGAAACCGAGAUGCUCAAGGAAGCUGCGGUUGUGGCUGCAGGACGCGAGCAGAACUACUUCAUGAUGAUGAAGAAGUUUGCGGCGAAAAGCAAGGAGCUGGAGGAGCGACUACCAGUCAUGGAGGAGGAAAACAAGCGCUUGCUCGACCGCAUCAGCCAGCUCGAGGUCGUAGCCGAAAAUGAAAAGAAGCUUUCCAAGCAGCUAGAGGUCUCCACAAGCGAGAACGAGCAGCUUGCACAAGAGCUGCAAAGUCUCGAAGCAAGCUUGAAGAGCAAGGACCAGCAUGUUGAGAAGCUGACCGUUGACCUUGAGAACAGCCACAAUGAGAAGAAGUUGAUCAAGCAAAAGUCGGAAGAGUUUCAGGAGCAUGCCGAGAAGAGAUUCAGAGAAGCGGAAGACAAGAUUUGGGCAACCACUGAGAAGGUGGUGCAGGCCAAAGCAGAGACAAAGUACGCGCUCAAGGCAGCUGAGCGUGCAAAGCAGGAUGCUGCAGAGGAGAAGAAGGAGCUGACCAAGGCUGCGGAGAAGGCACGACAACAAGCCGAGGAGCGAGUGCGAUCCGAGGCUGAGAAGGCAGCCGCAGCGCACCAACGAGCCGAGCAGGCAGCAGCUGACAAGGAACAGGCCUUGAAGGAUGCCCAUGCGACAAAGAAAAAAGCUGAGGCUGACAAGAAGGAGGCCAUCGCGAAAGCGGAUGCAGCUCGUAAGGCAGCUGAAGAGCAGGCUGCCAGGGAGGCCAAGGAGGCAUUCAAAGCAAAGCAGGCCGCAGAGGAUGCGAAGGCAGACAAGAAGUAUGCCCUUGCAGAUGCUGCAGAAGCCAAGAAAGCAGCCGAAAAGGCCACACAGGAAGCCAUCAAUGCUGCUGACCAGGCCAUAGCGGCAGCGGAUGCAAAGGUGCAGGAGCAGGUGUCUGCCGCCAAAGCCGCGCACCAGGCCAAAGAACAGGCCGAGGCCGCCAAGGCGAAAGCCUUGGAGGAAGCCCUGUCCGCACGACGAAUAGCUGAACAGGCAAAGCUAGCAGAGCAUGAGGCUCUCUCCGAGAUGAGGGAAUUGACCGAGAAGCAGGCGGCGGACUUGCAUGCCAAGGCUGCCGCUGCCAAGAAAGCAGUGGAAGAAGCACAGGCUGCGCAGGCCAAGCUCACGGCACAGGCUGAGAAGGCACGUGCGGCUGCCCAGGAGAAAGCCCAGCUUGCCGCAGAUCUGAAGACGUCAAGUGGCGCCCCUCGCUGA